ACAUAACACUAGGUACAAGCGUGACUCAUAAAAUAGAUUCUAGUUUGAUCCCGAAAUUCUGAGGUUGGUGCCUGCAAGGUAAUGCACAUAACAAAUGCGAAAAUCCUAAGAAAUUGUCGUCUUUUUGUAUAGUUUUCUAUCAAAAGUAAAUAUACUACUACUGAGUACUGAUUGAUAUUUUUAGUAUACAAUAUACAGUUACAGUAAUACAGUAAUUAGUAACAUGACUCAUGGGUACGGGGUAAUAAUAAAUAAUGACUUUUAAGUACAACGUGUAACACUAAUAAUUAUAUAUUAGAUUAUUAUUAGAUGAUUAAUAAGUAAUGAUACAUUAAUAUUAUAUCACUGUUUUAGGUUAGUUGUAUCCAUUCUGCGAAAUGUCGAGACCUCCAGCACACCCUAAAGGCUGGGCACCGGCACCAUCAGUGACUUCUCCGCCUGUGUCUUUUCGACCAGCGACUCCAACACGACACUCGCCGAUCCACCGUCUCCCACCACCGUACAUUCCUUGCCCAAAACCGAUGAGGCCCACAUCAUCUCCGUUGCCUGCUGCUGCACCACAACCUUUUAGAUACCCAUCACCGUGUCCAUCGCCGCAAGUAUAUGAACCAACAUCAAUGCCGUCGUACAGACCCCGAGAAUUUGUGGUGCUCGAAGCUCCGUCACCACAACAGUGGUCAGACGAAGAAAACACGACCGACGGCCGUUCAACAGCAGAAAUAAUUGCGCAACAAUCACAGGAUUAUGUUGAUGAAAAAUUGGCGGAGUAUCAGGCUACAAUUUACAUGCUACAAGUCAUUAAAUGGAAUAUUGACAAUGUAAAUCGUAUAACUGCUUUGUACUUACUACGUGUCUACGUACUACCUACAACAUUACAAAAGAUUGACAAUAAUGAGUAA